AUGCCGCUGUCGCCGAGUGUCUGGGUGCGCCCCCGCCGCGUGGCCUCGUCGCCUCUGCAGCGGCCGCGCUGGUCUGGUUCCUGUGGUGGCGCUGUUCUCGGCUCCCAACGAGGCCGGCCAGGGCCCCCGAGCAGUCCGAGGUACGCAGGCGCAGGCCAGACCUGUGGCGGAGCGGGCUGCGGCACGACGCGGAGGGCCGCCGAGGGGGCGAAACUGCAGGGCGUGAUUGCGGAGAGCGCCACGGAGGAUGGCAAGCCCGUAAUCGCGCAAGGCGUGGACGAGGCUCACAAGACGGUGUUCUGGCGAAGCUGCAGUUUGGUCGGGCCAACGCCGAGGAGAGGAUGA